AUGUAUGAACUACUUGUUUUCUUUCCUUUCGUUCUUCAGAUGAGUUAUUAGAGAAAAAUUCCUAACUACCGAAAUUGCAUGAAAAAAAUUUUUCCACAACAUGAUAACAAAAAUACAGCAGAAUAAUCUGUUGCUGUUGCUAUUGUAAAAAAUUAAAUGUUUCAAUUAUUAUAUAGUAUUGGAUAACAAAAAAGGUCGUAAGUUCUGGAAUCUAGAAUUCUUAAUACCUUGAACGAAAUAUAUACGUGUCCAACUCAUUUUGUUCCUUUCAACACAUUUCAAUUGACGUUUUUCCACCAGAUCAAUUGAAAAAGACAAAAAGUAAUAAAACCAUCUCUAGAGAAACCGCGCCACUACCAACAACAACAACAGCAACAAAAACAACAAUCACAGCAGCAACCAUGGCACAACAGCAUUGCUUGUUUGUUCUUGGGUCCUUAACCUUGACAUUCGCCACAAUUGCCGUCGGUGUGAGCUUCUUCGCUCCAUACUGGCUCUACAACGUGCACCGACCCGCCGAUGGCCACGCGACGAUAGAGCAGAACCUCGACGUCACCCAGUCCUACAUCGUGUAUCCGGGACCGACAAAUUUCAAGUACCGAGGACUUUGGGCCCAAUGCUACGAUACCUGUCAGUGGUUCUGGCAAAACAACUUCAAGUUGGAGCAGGAAAAGUUCAUACCGCUAGGUUGGCACGUUGCAGUUCAAGUCCUCUACUUCCUUGGAGCCUUCCUCGUCUUCUUCUGCGAAAUUAUUUCCCGCCUUCAACUUUGCUGCAGAACUCGUAUGUGCGUCUAUCGUCUGCUUGGGUUCAUACUUCUUUUUUCAUUUGUGGUGCAAGCGGCAGCAGUAGCAGUAUUUGGAGGGUUCGCCAACAAGGACUACGGGGCCUCGCCACUCGAGGCCACGACGACCCACUUGGGGUGGGCUUUCUGGAUGACCCUGGCCGGGGGUGGAUUGACCCUACUUAGCGGCGUCUACUUCCUCUUCUUGGACUGCUGCAACUACAUUGAUGAUGAGGAAUUUCUUAAAUAAAUUCACUGGAUGUUGUCUUAAUAAUGAUAAUAAUUGAGUACUUGUAUUAUUUCAUUAUGUACAAUUAAUGUUAUUAAUUUCAUACGGUUAUAUGAAUUUAUGUUAAAUACAUAAUUUGUGCUAUUAAAUUAUAUUAAAUGUAAAUACUUGCAUUAUUUUAAGAGACAUUUUAUUUAUUUUUUUAAUUUAUUCUACUUUUUAGUGCGUUCUUGAAAGUUAAAAUUUUCUUAAUAUGCAUUAAAA